AUGGCAUCUAAUCGCACCAGUCCGUCCUCGGCUCUUCUCUUACUUCCCCCGCCUCCAUCCUUCUCUUUCGGUUCAGUCAAAGAUGCCUUUGAGCCAUCCGUGUCGGAUGCAUUGACCAGGCUUUCAGAGCCCCUGGAUGGAUCCAAUCACAUUGCCACGUUGGAUUUGGCUCUAGCGAUUCCUGACUUGCUGUCCCCAUCCUGCAGGCCCAGGGCAAGGGUCUUUGCAACGCUUCAGCAUUACCUGACCAGCAUCUAUACCCUCAUCGGUGCUGUUUGCGCGGCACGCAAUAUUGAGCUUGACUCACCUGGAGGCAUCGAUGCUCGCGUGGUGUUUGUCGAUUAUACAGCCGCAGAUCAGACCGGCUUCGGCAGCUCCCAAUUCGGGCCUAUUCUGGAUUUGCAGUCGCUAGCAACGUCGAAGCGAUCAUGGGACUACAUUUUCCACUUAAACAACACGACCGGCAAAGCCUUGACCAGCACGUUCGUCAGUAGUCUUCCCGCUCAAUCUAAAGAACGCAUGGCGGCGAGCCUGCAGGCCAUCUCCAGCAAACCCGACUGGACGAUUCCCCAGCCCCUUUUAGUUCCCGAUGAGCAGCAGCCGCUCACACCUCAUUACUCGGUGGCCGUAGGAGGCACUUUUGACCACCUUCAUGUCGGCCACAAGCUUCUACUCACCGCCACGAUGUUGGCGUCGGAGCCACUUGGACAGGCAGACCCAGACUCUGAGAGGCUCCUGACCGUUGGGGUGUCUUGCGAUGCGCUGCUGGCGAACAAAAAAUAUGCCGAGGUCUUGGAAAGCUGGGAAGAGCGUUUCCAGGGCGCUUCGUCUUUCCUCACGGCCAUUACGGAUUUCUCGCCUGGCCCGAAUGCCCCGCGGGUCGAGCGAGUGUCCGUGCCCGGCCCCAACGGGAACUUUGUCCGCGUGCAAGUGCAGCCAUCGCUGACGUUCAAGUUUGUGGAGAUUUCGGAUCCCUUUGGGCCCACGAUCACGGAGAAGAGCAUCACUGCGCUGGUCGUUUCCAAAGAGACUCACGCCGGAGGGAUCGCGGUCAAUGGUGAGCGAGCGAAACAAGGAUGGAAAGGUCUCGCCAUUUUCGAGGUGGACGUACUUCACUCUGGCGACGCUGCGGCGGCCACGGCGACCGACGUGGAGAGCUUCGACUCUAAAAUAAGCAGCACAGAGAUCAGACGGCGGCGGAUGGACCGAGCCAAGGUCUGA